AUGCCCCAGGACAGCCAGGCAGCACCAGCGGAUUCACACGGAGGAGAGGCCUUCCACUGCUCAAACUGCAGGAAGGGCUUCAAGCACAACUCCAACCUCAUCACCCACCGGCGUAUCCACACCAGGGAGAGGCCCUGUCCUCCUCUGUGGAAGAAAACAGACACAGGAGACAAGAAAUCCCUGGAGGCAGCCAGACAUCUGGAUCAGAUGCUGAGUGAUCUGGAGAGACGCCGUGAGAUGAACCGAAAGGCUGUGCUGAAGGCAGCAUUUCCUGGAGGAAGCAGUGGCCCAUUGGCAGCCCCUGCUGCAGGAAGUGAGGCGAUGCCAGGCACAGUCAGAGGAGAUGAGCAUGCUAGCAAGGCUUCUCCAGCAGCUGGGAUGGAAGAUGGUUUGGAACCCUUGGGAGCUUCUGCAGGUGUGUCUGCAGGGAGGACUUUUCAGGCUCCUUUCCUGGUUGCUGCGCACAAGCCCGGCUCCCAUCGCAGGGGUCCGCCGAGAGGGAGGAACAGAGCUACUAAACACAUGAAGUCCCUGGAGGCAUCCCAACACAUGGACCAGAUGCUGAAUGAUCUGGAGAGACGCCGUGAGGAGAGGAAUUUAUGGCUUUCCUUAUCAACAGAAACAAACUUCUUCAAGCGUGACUUAGACUUGAAGAUGCCUGGGGAUUAACAGAAACUUUUUGAC